CUCACGAACGCCCCCGUUCCCUACAUCUCUCUCCUCCAGCCCCUCUCUCCUCCUUACCCAUCUCUCUCUCCUCUGACGCGCCGGCCCCACCUGUCACCGCCGGGCUCCCCAUCCCCCGCCGCCGCCGCCGCUCGCCGGACGGCAGGGGCCCCCACCUUGCCGCGAGGGGCUUCUCCACACCGCCGCCGAUCCGGCGCCGGCCGGUCCCCCGGGGCCGAUCGCGUUGUCCGUCUGUCCUAGGGUUUCGUCCCCUCCGCCGCCGCGCGGCUCCCCCCGAAGGCCCGUACCUAGAGAUCCCGAUCUCCGUUUGGCCUUGGUCCGCUCGGGCUCCUUCCCGGCGAUUGGCGACGCUCGAUUUGGCUCACGAGGCGAGGAGGAGCCAUGGCCUCUUCGAGCCUGCACGCCACGGACAAGAGAUGGGCUGCACCUACAAGGAAAUCUGGCAUGACUGUUCUUGGAAAAAUCCCAAAGCCCAUUAAUUUGCCAAGUCAGAGAUUGGAGAAUCAUGGUCUUAACCCCAAUGUGGAAAUCGUUCCAAAGGGCACCCACACAUGGGGUACCAAGCCAGGACCUACAACACCUAAUGCAUGGAGUACCACUUCACUUCUUUCUCCCAAGAAGGAUGGAAAUUCCAGUGCACCCAGUCAAUUCAAUGGCCGCCCCUCUUCUGGGGGAGGGUCAAGGCCCUCAACAGCUGGAAGUGAAUCCCUUGACUCUCCUAAUGCUUGGGGUCCAAAUUCGCGACCGUCUUCAGCAUCAGGCACAUUGCCAUCAUCUCAUUUACCAGUGGUCACAAAUCGUCCUCGAAGUGCAGAUACAAGACCAGGAAGCUCACAGCUUUCCCGGUUUGCAGAUAAUUCCUCGGAGUAUAUGAAUGUAUCAAUAAGAACUAUUGACAAAUCGGGAUCUUCAUCACAUGGGCAUGGGUUUACUCUAAGUACUGGUGAUUUCCCAACACUUGGUUCUGAGAAAAGCUCCGAGUCAAAUAAUCAACGAGGCCAUAGUUCGAAAGGACGCCCAACUUCUAGUUCUGGUAAAGAUGGAUCCCAAAAUGGUCUAGGAAAGAGCCCGACUGCUGGAUCUGGUCAGUCUUUACUGUCUGCUAAUAAUCAACCUGCUGAUAUCAUGAAGACAGAGCAGCAUGAACAUGAUGGAGCCGCUCCCUUUGUCGCCGCAGGUCCGCCAAAUGAAGCUCAGCAGCCACAACCAUACCCUCCUAACUAUGGUAUGCCCCCUCCGCAGUUUGAUUCAUGGCGUGCACCUCCUGGUCACCCCCCAGAGGGAAUGUGGCAUAGAGGACCUGCGCCAGGUGGCCCAUACAGACCAGUGGGCCCCUCUAGCAGUUUCUCUGUUGAACCUUUCACUUAUUAUGGUCAGUUCCCACCGAACUCUGAAGCAGCAGCAAGGCAGGGCUCAGGGCAUAGUGGCUAUCACCCAAAAAGUGGAGAUGCAUCUCAUUCCGUGCCUCCAAAUUCCUAUAUUAUGAAUCGACCUGCUAUUCCUCUCAGACCAGUUUACCAGGGCCCAAUGCCUUGCGAUGGAUAUUUUGUUCCUCAACGAGCAAAUUUCAAUAAUUCCAAUGUAAGAGAUUCUCCUUUCAUUGGUGGCCCUCAUCAACCAGGAAUAUUAAAUCAAUUCCCAAACCAAAAUGACAAGUUCCAAACUGGAGUGUCUCAGAGCAGACCAGUCAAACAUGAAACAGUUCACAAGGAGCUAUCCGAAUCUGCUAGAGUACAUUUGGUUUCUCGAGGACAGCCAAUGGCUUUGCAUGAUAACCCUGAUCGCUCAGUAGGUCCCAAGGAAACUGAAAAGAAGACUCAGCCUGCACCACCACUGCUUCCUCACCCAGAUGGAAACCGAAGUGAUGUGAACAUGAGGACAGAUACAAGGGAUGCACAUAGUGAAAGGAACAUGCUUCUUAUGAAGUCAGUGGCUGAUCAGAGAGGUCCAGCUCGCUUGAACCAUUCAUCUGCUUUGGAAAAUUCACACACUCUUCACAAGGGAACUGAUGAUGGCACCCCCUUGAAAAACUUCAAGGGUGAUAAUGUGACGCUUGAUCAGCAACCUAUCAUUAAGAAGAAUGCGGCUUUGAUUGAGAAAAUAGGGAGUUUGAACAACAAAGCUAGAAACAUUGAUGUGCGUUAUGGUGCAGACCCAUCUUCAUCCAAGGAAACCAACAAGCAGCAGCAAAAAGGCACUGAUUCGAAAGCAGAUCAGAUGAUAAUAAAUGUUUCAACUUCUGCUGCCACCACUGGUUUUUCUUCUGCUUCUGGCGAGGCAGCUCGUGUUUCUCCCAUUUCUCCUUUGACACAGAAAGUACCAAACAUGCUUAGUGAUGGUGCGGUUGUUGGACUGCUACACCCACAUUUAAAUGAAUUCAGCAAAGCUGGAAAGCUGGGUGGAUCAACUCACGACCGCCCACACAAGAUUGGUGAUUCUUCAAGAAACAAUCACCGUGGUCCUGCUAAAGAGAUGCCAGCCAAAAUUUCUGCUGGACAUGGGCGGGCAGAAAAUUCUAGAGCAGAAUCUUUGCCAGUAGUUCAAUUGAGGAGUAGUCAGCAUGACCAGCCUCUGGAGCAUGCUUCACAGCUGCCACCUGUGACAAUCACUGAUGAUAUGCCAGCUUCACCUGAUUAUGAAUUUCAGCGUGAAAAAAUGAGAGAGUUGGCCGUACAGCGUGCAAAGCAAUUGCAAGCUGAGGAAGAGGAAAGGACAAAACGACAAAGGGCAAAAGCUCUUGCAAAAUUGGAGGAACUGAACAGGCGUUCAUCAGUACAUCAGAAAAACUCAAAUGAUCCACCCACAGUAAAUGACAAUGUACAUAAUAAACAGAAGGCUGAACUUGAUGCAACUACUGAACCUGCUUCAUCAACUACUGAAUCACGUGAAGUUACUGCAUCAGACAAUCUUAGUACUCUUCAGCCACCACAUGUUCAAGAGGAUGUGCCUAUACAGUCCAUGUCUACUCUACCACAUGCUGCAGUUACUGCAGGAGAUCCUGUUAGUCAUAACACCUCAAUCUCAGGCAGGAACAUACCGAGUAACAAGAUGGAGCAUAUAGUGCAGAAAAGUAUAUCACGGUCACAUGAUGUUGGUGUUCCCAGAAGGCAUGCUGUUUCAGAGGAGAAAAUCCCUGGUGAGAAGUCAAGUAUUGCAGUAAGAACAGAGAAUGCAAAGAAAACUGUUGAGGCAUCCUUGACCACACCAACUGCUGUUGUUACAUCACAUGAUAAUCCCCCAGCCACCAACAAGAAGAGUGCAAGGAACUCAAGAAGUAAGAAAAAAGUGGAUGAUGCUCCAGCUACUUCUAUAUGUCCACCUGUGGUGCUUAAUGAGCAGAAUACAGUGAGCGUGUCCACUGAGCCGAAGACACAAACUGCUGGUGUUAUCAUUAGCAGUUCUAUAAUUCCUAGUGAAGGUAUUAUGCUCACUGUGGGAAGUAUAACCGUGGGUGGUAUUUCAUUUGGAUCUUUUAACCAGGAGAACGUGAAAUCACCAGAGGAAGCUCAUAAUACUGUAAAGAGCCGACCAAGACCUCAGCAGGCAAAAAGAUCAGGAAAGAACCAGCAUGCUGUCCGACCUGUCGAAAAGCCUCAUGGGAAUGAGGGUGUUGCAUGGGCACCAGUUAAGCCACCAGGGAAGAAUGAACAGUCUGAGGAACCCAUGAUGAAUGCAGCAGUAGCAGCCCACCCUCAACCAAUUGUAAACGCAGCAAUGGCAGGCCGCCCUCAACCAAUUGUAAAGUACACUAACGAUGGGGAGAAUGUUACAAAAACUAAGAGAGCUGAAAUGGAAAGGUAUGUGCCUAAGCCACUGUCCAAAGAGCUUCAGCAGCAGAGUUCAGAAAAAUCAUGUCUAGAGAACAAGAGUAAUGACAAAGAAGCAGUUGAGAAGUCACCUGGUGCUAAAGUUGAUGCCGCAAUUGAGUCCAAGAAAUGGGAGGACAAGAAAACGAGCAGAGGGCAUGGGAAGUCUCAUUCUUCAUGGCGCAGAAGGAAUACAGAUGAAUCAGCUUUGGUGGUACCACAGCCUGCUGAGCAAGCAGACAACUGUCAAGGGUCACACCAAGUACAGAAGCCUUCUGGACAGCAUCAACAGCUUGAAGCUGACAAGCAAGCAGAUUAUGCUGUCGGGAACAGUUUGACUCCAACUGAAACACUUGCAUUACCUGCCGGUGCUGCUAAAGAACAUAAUGCAGCUAACAGGCAAAGGAGGCAGCAUGUUAAGGCCCCCAAAACUGAGGGAAGUAACUACAUAAAUGGGAACAAAGAUAGAGAAGGCAGGAAAGAUGUCAAUUCUGAACAUAGAAAUAUGUCAAGAUCUGAGGUGAAGAGCAGCGGAGCAGUUACACACUCUAGAGCACACUGGAAACCAAAAUCUUCGAAUUCCCAGACCAACCCACAGGGCAAUGGUGCCAUGGAUGGGCAAGUGGAUAGUGUCACUCUGCAAGACAGCAGCAAUUGUAAUCUUGCUCCAAAUAGUUCCAGAAAUGAUGAAAAGGAUGCGCCAAGUAAUCAAGGUAAAGGAGACAUGACACAUGGAGAUGAUAGCCAGAAGAGUGAGAGCCAUGAAAAUGCUGAACAGCAGCAGCUUAAUCACGCAACACGUCGCCAGGGACACCACAACGGGAGGUAUCACAAGGGAAAUGGAAGCGGCAUGCACAGAGAAAGGGGUUAUGAUGCUGGGAAGCCAAGCCAGGGUGCAAAUGCUGAAAAGCGGAGGGGCGGCACUCAUCUCGAAUACCAGCCAGUUGGUUCCUCCAGCAAACCAGCGGACUUCCAGCAGAACCCGAGUGCCGAUGAUCGAAGCGUGGGCCCUCCAGCUCCUGGACCAUUGUACAGGGAGCGUGGCCAACAUCGGGGCACCCGCCACGCUGGUCACUUUGUCAAGCGGAAUCCUGCCUCGGACCCAGCUACCAACUCUUACCAAGUCGAAUGAUCUUCUCUGACCAUGAUGUUAAGAGCUUCAGGAACUCGCAUCUGCCAAGCAAUUCAUGACAGGUUGAACAAGCUUUGGGUGGUGGUCGUCUUGUCGGUGCUCAGCGGUAGACUGUACUUGUUUUUGUUCCCCACGGCCGUUGUGCUCUCACGUGUGAUUGUUAACGAGGAAUUGAUUAAUUAGUGGAAUCAAAUGUUAGUAGUAAUUUCUUUUUGACAGUGGGAUUAAAAUGCUGGUGUUAUGUGCCAAUGGGAGCUGAAGUGCUGGUUUUUGCUGAUGGUUGGUGUAUGGAAGUUGCGUUUGCGUUUAACUGGGAUCUAGGUUCGUCAGGAUUCAGGUCUGAGAAUCUGGAGUGAUUGAGCUUUUGUUUUUGGUGGGUACUAGUUUAUGCUUUGAUCCGAUGUAAGAGCUCUCUCAGACAACCUUGAACAUGCGAAAACUGUGUCCCCCUUUGAUUUUUCUGAAAACAUAACACGGAGUAGCUUUCAUCA